AUGACCAAUUAUCGAACAGAAUUACGUAUACCUGUUGAACGAAAUAAUAAAUCAAUAAUCAAUGAUGAUUACUUUACAUUUGAUGAUAAUUCAAUGUUAACAUUAAAUGACAAUUGGAAAUAUAAUAAUAGUAAUAAUAUAAAUAAUUGGGAUUCACGUAGUCGUCAUACAUCAAGUAAUGAUUAUAUUUCACAUGAUAUCCCAUGGAAUAAACGUUUACGUACAACUUCUGCUGAUCCUACAAGAUAUAACAAUGUAGAUUAUCUAUAUGAUGAUAUGAAACGUAGAAUGGAAGAACGUCGUAGACGAUGGAAUGAAGAAUUUAAAUUAUUGAAUAAUGAUAUGUUAUUACCUAGUCGAUUAAAAAGUUCAAAUGAUAUAUUUAGUAGUAGAGAAACAAUAAAUUCUCCAAAUUCACAUGAUAUUAUAUCAAAAAAUCCUUCAUCAAGUGGUUAUGAACAAUUUCCAGAUGGAAGUGUACAUUUUGUAUCAAAUUUUAAUCUUUCUGGUUAUGAUCCAGAAUUACUUAAAGUAUUUGUACGUGAUGGUAAAUUAAUGGUAGUAGCUAAAACUGAACAUAAUCAUUCUACUAACAGUCUUAAUACAACUUUAAAUACAAAUAAUACAAAUAAUAAUUCUAUAUCAUCUUUUCGUGAAUAUACUCAUUCAUUAAAUUUACCUCCAGGUGUAGAUGAUGAAAAACUUUCUGCUGUUUUAUCACUUAAUGGUGUAUUAACUGUUAGUUGUCCUAUGAAACCACCAUCAUUUUCAUCAUCAACAAAUUUACAAUCACCAUAUUCUGAAAAUUUAUCAGAUUCAUUUUGGAAUAAUCAUCAUCAAUAUUAUCGUCAUCAUUAUCGAUCACCAACUAUGAAACCACAGCAACAAUAUUCAAGAAAAAUUGACUUGAAAUCACCUAAAUCUAAUUAUUCUUCACGUUCUUCACAUUCAGAUUAUGAUAUUAUAUCACGUGAUCAACAAGACUAUCAGAGUCGUCAUCCUUCUUCUUCAAUUCAACUACAACAACAACAACAACAACGAAAACAUAGAUUUCGUUUAGAACUACCAAUUGAUUCAGAAUAUUCACCAGGAGAAAUACAAAUUAAAACUUUGAAUCGUCGCAUUUAUAUUAAAGCACGUCAUGAAGAACGAGCUCCUAAUCGUACUUCUGUAAGAGAAUUUUCUAAAGAAUACGACAUUCCGGAUAAUAUCGAUCCAGAAAGUCUUACUGCUAAAUUUAGUAAUGGAAUAUUAUAUAUUGAAGAACCAAUUGUUUAA